AUGCGGCGAUUCCCUAAUUUAGUCGUCGUCUACGUCCGUCGCCCUAGCCUCCCUCCACUUCUUCUAUCCGUUUCCGCCGCCGCGUCUCCGUUACGGAACCGAAAUCGGCCGCUGCUCAAGAUGGCGCCGAGCGAGUGGAUGAUGGUGGAGUACGCGAAAUCGAACCGGUCAUCGUGCAAGGUGUGCUCCGAAGCUAUCAAAGCCAAGACCCUGAGACUGGCUUUGGUCUCCAAGGGUGUUCAAUACGACUUCGCCAAAUGGCAUCACCUUCGUUGCUUCCCUCUAUCCUCUCAUUCUUCUCCCUCUCUCCAGGCAAUUAAAGGCUUUUCCUCCUUGGAGAUAAGUGACCAGGAAGCUCUGAAAAAAUUAUUUGCUGGAAAUGACAAGUCUGAAGAAAAGGUUUGUAAAGCAACAGAAGAUAUACAAAAUGAACUGCAAGAGACUGAGGAACCUGAUGCAAAGAGAAUAAAGUUGCGGCAUGAGUGGAACAUGUCGAGGCCAAGAACUAUGGUGGCACGAUUCCGGUUGAAAGCACACGCCGUGAUGGCUUACGGUGGGUAUGGGUUUGCGGGUGGCCAGUGGUUAGGUUUAAAGGGUAGGUUGGGAAGGGGAGUGAUUGAGCUUGCAAUGGCUCUAGGUAGGUUCGUGAUUGGCUGA